GGUGUCGGACGCGGACGUGUCGGCCGGGGCCGCGGAGCCGGAGGCGCUGCCCCUGCCCCGUCGGAACAGCGCCCGGCCCGGCGCCGCCAUGUCCGGCACCAGCAGCCCCGAAGCCGUGAAGAAACUGCUGGAAAACAUGCAGGGAGACCUGCGGGGCCUGAGCCUGGAGUGCAGGAAAAAAUUUCCUCCCGUCAAAGAGGCUGCUGAAUCAGGAAUAAUAAAAGUGAAAACAAUAGCUGCACGGAACACUGAUAUUUUGGCAGCAUUGAAAGAGAACAGCUCAGAGGUAGUUCAGCCUUUUCUCAUGGGUUGUGGAACAAAGGAACCAAAGAUCACUCAGCUGUGUCUAGCAGCCAUACAAAGGCUCAUGUCCCAUGAAGUUGUUUCAGAGGCUGCAGCAGGAAACAUUAUAAACAUGCUUUGGCAACUGAUGGAAAAUAGUCUUGAAGAACUUAAAUUGCUUCAGACAGUUCUUGUUCUUUUAACAACCAAUACAGUUGUGCAUGAUGAAGCACUAUCCAAGGCAAUUGUACUUUGUUUUCGAUUGCACUUCACAAAAGAUAAUAUCACGAAUAACACUGCAGCAGCUACAGUACGACAGGUAGUUACUGUGGUGUUUGAGAGAGUGGUUGCUGAAGAUGAACGAUACAAAGACAUUAUUGAACAGCCAGUUGCAGUUCAAGGAAAUAGUAACAGAAGAUCUGUCAGUACACUGAAGCCAUGUGCUAAAGAUGCAUAUAUGCUUUUUCAGGAUCUUUGUCAAUUAGUUAAUGCUGAUGCUCCAUACUGGCUUGUUGGUAUGACAGAAAUGACCCGAACUUUUGGCCUUGAACUUCUUGAGUCAGUCCUCAAUGACUUUCCACAAGUGUUUUUACAACAUCAAGAAUUCAGUUUUCUUCUUAAGGAGAGAGUAUGCCCUCUUGUUAUAAAGCUCUUCUCCCCAAAUAUAAAAUUCAGACAAGGCUCUAGCACAUCAUCUUCCCCAGCACCAGUGGAAAAACCAUAUUUCCCCAUCUGUAUGCGCUUGCUGAGAGUAGUUUCUGUUUUGAUUAAGCAGUUUUACAGUUUGCUGGUGACGGAAUGUGAAAUAUUUCUGUCAUUGCUGGUUAAGUUUCUGGAUGCAGACAAACCACAGUGGCUAAGAGCUGUUGCAGUAGAAUCUAUUCACAGGCUCUGUGUGCAGCCUCAGCUAUUAAGGUCCUUUUGUCAGUCCUACGAUAUGAAGCAACAUUCCACUAAAGUUUUUCGGGAUAUUGUGAAUGCACUGGGGUCCUUCAUCCAGUCACUAUUUCUUGUACCAAGUGCAGGGAAUACGUCAGUGACGCCAAACCAAACUGGAAGCAAUGCUUCAGGGAGCACUGGAUCAGCACAGACAAACCCCGGAGUGCUUGGAAUGGGAGGUGGUGCAACUGUAUUACCUGCCUUUGAAUACAGAGGUACCUGGAUACCUAUCUUGAAUGUAACAGUACAAGGCAGUGCUAAAGCUACCUAUUUGGAAAUGCUGGACAAAGUAGAACCACCUACAAUUCCUGAAGGCUAUGCUAUGUCAGUGGCAUUUCACUGUUUACUGGAUCUUGUCCGUGGUAUCACUACCAUGAUUGAAGGAGAGCUGGGGGAGGCAGAAACAGUCAGUCAAAGCACAACAGAGACAACUUCAUUACCAGCACUGUCUUCAGAGCAUCAAGACUCACAGUCUAUAUCUGACCAGUCAGACAAAGAGCUAGUUAGCAGAGCUGUCUGGGAAGAAAUGGUAAACGCAUGUUGGUGUGGUCUUCUUGCUGCAUUGUCCCUCCUACUUGAUGCAAGCACUGAUGAAGCUGCUACCGAAAAUAUUUUAAAAGCAGAAUUAACUAUGGCUGCACUCUGUGGAAGACUAGGUCUUGUAACAUCAAGAGAUGCCUUUAUCACUGCCAUUUGCAAAGGAUCCUUACCUCCUCACUAUGCUCUUACUGUAUUAAAUAGCACAACUGCAGCUUUGUCCAGCAAAUCAUAUUCCAUUCAGGGACAGAAUGUUCAAAUGAUCAGUCCCUCAAGCGAGUCUCAUCAGCAAGUUGUGGCAGUAGGACAGCCCUUAGCUCUUCAGCCACAGGGAACAGUAAUGCUGACUUCAAAAAAUAUCCAGUGUAUGAGGACAUUGCUCAACUUAGCUCACUGUCAUGGGGCUGUUCUUGGUACAUCAUGGCAACUUGUCUUGGCUACUCUUCAGCAUCUUGUGUGGAUUCUGGGACUGAAACCCGGUGUUGGGGGUGCCUUAAAACCUGGAAGAGCUGUAGAAGGGCCCAGCACAGUUCUGACUACAGCAGUUAUGACUGAUCUACCAGUUAUAUCCAACAUACUAUCAAGACUUUUUGAAAGCUCGCAGUACCUUGAUGAUGUAUCUUUGCAUCACUUAAUAAAUGCCCUUUGUUCCUUGUCUCUGGAAGCCAUGGAUAUGGCCUAUGGAAACAAUAAGGAGCCAUCUCUCUUUGCUGUUGCUAAAUUACUGGAAACAGGACUAGUUAACAUGCACAGGAUUGAGAUUCUUUGGAGACCUCUGACGGGUCAUCUUCUGGAGAAGGUUUGUCAGCAUCCCAACUCCAGAAUGAGAGAGUGGGGAGCAGAAGCUUUAACCUCUCUUAUUAAAGCAGGACUGACAUUCAGCCACGAUCCUCCAUUAUCACAGAAUCAGAGACUGCAGCUACUUUUACUGAAUCCUCUCAAGGAGCUGUCAAACAUUAGUCAUCCUGACAUCAGAAUCAAGCAGCUGGAGUGUGUGCUACAGAUUUUACAGAGUCAGGGUGACAGCCUAGGACCUGGUUGGCCAUUAGUCCUUGGAGUCAUGGGGGCGAUACGAAGUGAUCAGGGAGAGUCCUUAAUACGGACUGCAUUCCAGUGUCUUCAGUUGGUUGUGACCGAUUUUCUUCCAACAAUGCCAUGUACGUGUCUACAGAUAGUUGUUGAAGUCGCAGGAAGCUUUGGUCUUCACAAUCAAGAGCUAAAUAUUAGUUUAACUUCAAUUGGUUUGUUGUGGAAUAUUUCAGAUUAUUUUUUCCAAAGAGGUGAAAUAAUUGAAAAGGAACUUAACAAAGAAGAAGCAGUGCUGCAGAAGCAGGCAGAAGAAAAGGGAGUGGUUCUGAAUAGGCCUUUUCAUCCUGCACCACCAUUUGACUGUCUUUGGUUAUGUCUGUAUGCCAAACUCGGAGAACUCUGUGUGGAUCCCCGACCUGCAGUUAGAAAGAGUGCUGGGCAGACGUUGUUUUCCACUAUUGGUGCUCAUGGAACUUUGUUGCAGCAUUCAACAUGGCACACAGUGAUAUGGAAGGUUUUAUUUCACCUGCUGGAUAGGGUUCGAGAAUCUUCUACUACAGCUGACAAAGAGAAGAUUGAAUCGGGAGGAGGCAACAUCCUCAUCCAUCAUUCAAGGGAUACAGCUGAGAAACAGUGGGCUGAAACAUGGGUAUUAACACUGGCUGGAGUUGCAAGAAUAUUUAAUACCCGGAGAUACUUACUGCAGCCUUUAGGAGACUUUUCCCAGGCCUGGGAUGUUCUUCUUGAUCACAUUCAAUCAGCAGCACUCAGCAAAAAUAAUGAAGUUUCCUUGGCUGCUCUGAAAAGCUUUCAGGAAAUCUUACAAAUAGUUUCUCCAGUCCGAGACUCAGAGAAGCCUGACACACCGCCUGCUAUUAAUGUUUCUGUACCUGUGGUGGUAGGAGCGACAACUGCCACUAGUCUUGGGAGAUCAUUCAUGAGAACUGACUCCAUAGGAGAAAGAAUGGGAAGAUACAAUGGAGCUGAACUGCCUGUAGUAACAGAUGAGAUUGAAGAUCUGAAUCUUUGGUGGGCAGCUUGGAACAGCUGGUACAGGAUUGGUUCAGAAAGUACAAAGCCUCCAAUUACUUGUGAUAAAUUGACUUUCAUUCCAAGCCAGCCUUUUCUUACAGCUUUAAUUCAGAUAUUCCCAGCUCUUUACCAACACAUCAAAACUGGUUUCAGCAUGGACGAUCUCCAAAAGCUGGGUAUCAUUUUGCAUGGUGCAGUUUCGGUUCCAAUCAGUUCUGAUGCUUCCCCUUUCAUCCUUCCAUCUUAUACUGAAGCAGUUCUGACAAGUUUACAGGAAGCAGUGCUUACAGCUUUAGAUGUUUUACAAAAGGCUAUAUGUGUGGGCUCAGAAAAUAUGCAGAUAAUGUAUCCUGCAAUCUUUGACCAGCUGUUGGCCUUUGUAGAAUUUUCAUGCAAGCCUCCACAGUAUGGACAGCUGGAAACAAAGCACAUUGCAAAUGCAAAGUAUAAUCAGAUACAACUAUUUGCACCGGCGGAAUGGGUAGCAUUGAAUUAUGUACCAUUUGCUGAGAGAUCGUUGGAAGUGGUUGUAGACUUAUACCAAAAAACAGCUUGCCAUAAAGCUGUUGUGAAUGAGAAAGUUCUUCAGAACAUUAUUAAGACACUGAGAAUACCACUGAGUCUGAAAUACUCCUGUCCUUCUGAAAGCACAUGGAAGCUCGCUGUUUCCUCUCUUCUCAAAGUACUUUCUAUUGGACUUCCAGUUGCAAGGCAGCAUGCAUCUUCUGGAAAAUUUGACAGCAUGUGGCCAGAGUUAGCCAAUACAUUUGAGGACUUUUUAUUCACUAAAAGUGCACCUCCUGAUAAUCUCUCAAUCCAAGAAUUUCAGAAGAAUGAGAGUAUUGAUGUUGAGGUGGUGCAGCUUAUUAGUACGGAGAUACUGCCAUAUGCCAAUUUUAUUCCUAAGGAAUUUGUUGGUCAGAUAAUGACUAUGCUCAAUAAAGGCUCCAUACACUCUCAGUCAUCUUCAUUUACAGAAGCAGAAAUAGAUAUUCGAUUGAGAGAGGAGUUUUCUAAGGUGUGCUUUGAAACACUGCUCCAGUUUUCAUUCAGUAAUAAAGUCACAACUCCUCAGGAAGGCUACAUCUCUAGAAUGGCACUUUCUGUGCUCUUGAAAAGGUCACAGGAUGUAUUACAUCGCUACAUAGAAGACGAGAGGUUGAGUGGCAAAUGUCCUCUUCCACGGCAACAAGUAACAGAAAUCAUAUUUGUUUUAAAAGCUGUCAGUACUCUCAUAGACUCGCUUAAAAAAACUCAGCCUGAAAAUGUUGAUGCUAACACAUGGGCACAAGUUAUUGCCUUGUACCCGACUUUAGUAGAAUGUAUCACCUGCUCCUCAUCAGAAGUGUGCUCUGCUCUGAAAGAGGCAUUAGUUCCCUUUAAGGACUUCAUGCAUCCACCAGCAUCCAAGGUACAGAACGGAGAGUCUUGACCCCAUAAAACUUUUUUUUUUUUAAUUUUUGAAGGAAAAAAAGUAUCCAAAAAUGUUUGUUCCCAGGUGACGUUUCUCUGAGAAAAUCUCUUGUGGUUAGUACUUGGCAACCAAUGCUGACUGCCUUUUAACUGUACUAACAAGAGCUCAGUAAUUCAUGAAUACAAGCUAUAUCUCAAAGGUUCGAGAGUGAGUAGCAGUGCAAACCUUUAAUAAUUUUAACUGAGUAGUUGGAAUCGUUUAUAAUCUAAUGUACUUGCUACAGUAUCUUGAAGUGGUGAUUGAAAAGUGGGCUUAUGUACAGCUUGUUGUGUAUGUGUUAAUGAUGUAAUUAAAAAUAUUUCAAUUCAGUCAGAUUUAUUAGGCUGGUGUUUUGCACCCUUUUUUUGAAGUACGAAUUGUACUAAAAUUUUAUGCAAGAUGGUACUGUAACAUUCCAUAUAUCUGUAACCAGCCUUUGUAAACAAAGGGAACUGAAAUACUUGUGUGUAUAAUAAAUGGUACAGUUCUGUAUAAAAUAGUUGCAUUUAUUAUUUAAAUUCUUUUUAAAAUAUUGAUAAUGUUAAAUGCUUGAAAAACUAUUUAUUAUAAGCUGUAUGCUUGCAUUUUUACUUAUACUUUGCCUUCUAAAUUGCCAGAUAUGCUUGUUCAUAUCUGAUCAUGUUAUUAGUUUUUUGCUUAAUUGAAUGUAUCUUCUCUGUGGCCAUUGGUUAUCUAAAUGAAGAGGUCAUAUGACAAGAUUGCAGCGAGCAGGCAGUAGCCUGCUGAUCUCAAACGUCAGUGUCGUUGACCUGGAAUAGGUUUGAAUAUGCAGAAAUCCACUGUAGCACUUCGACACUACCAUACCUCACUUCAUAAUAUAUUUCUUUUGAAAUGUUUGUUAUACUCAACUCUGUUCAUUUUUGUAGUUGCAGCCUUGCUUUAAAAGAUACAUAUUUGAGGGUCAUUAGUCUUUUUUGACCUUACUUGCAGGUAUCGUAGUCUUUGAAUCAUGACCCAAGAAAGGGGAUUUCAAAUAUCUGAAAUACUUGGCUGUAAUACUUUGUUCAGUAAUUUUAAGUGCUUUGUUUUGUAAUGUCUUUUAAAUCCAAAUUGUUCUAACCUUUUAAUUAUAAACUCUCUGAUAUAAAACCAUGAGAAGUGUAUUUUUGAAGAUAGCUACUCGUUUAGAAGUUCAGUAAAAUUUUCAUUAAGUAAAUGUGAAUUUUCUUUCCAUUUCACAUAAUACAUAAUUGAAGCAAAACACUUCUAGUAGUAUUGUUUAUAAAAUUUGUGACAGCGUUUAAACUCUUAAUGAAAUAAUGAUUCAUUAAAUGUUUCGCCUGUGUUCAUAUAUUUUAGCCUGUGAUGUGAAAGCACAAAGGUCAAAUGUUUAAAAAAAAAAAAAAAAGAGGAAAAAAAAGGUGCCUUUCUGUGUAUUUCAGAGCUUUCCUUUAGGCCUUGAAGUCUUUGUAGAUGUUAAAAGUGAUUACCAUGGUGUUAGAUCUGUUCGCUUUACACUUUCCUGACUGAAAGGACGUUAAUUGGUACUUGUGAAUAGAAGCAGAAAUUGCAGGAGCUUCAAGUCAAGUUGCCAGGAACUGAUCAGGGUUAGAAGUACCCUCUGCGAAUAAUGUUUGUAACCACACCUUUGAACAGCUUGCUCCUAUAAAAUUCCAGUUUUGUGAUCCUUUCAAAAAGGAUAUUCAGAGAGGGAGGCUUGAAGAUCUUGCACAUAUCUCUUUGACCAAAGUUGCAUGGAACUCAACCUUCAAAUGUGAAUAGUUUUUAAAGAACACGUUUUACAUUAAGGAAACAAAGACCUUCCUUUCUAUUUUUUGUCAAAAUAGCCUGUUUGCAGAAGCAGAUGUGGGUCCCAGGUACAAAUAACAAGAUUAUUCGUACUCUGAAAGUGAAAACCUUGCAAAUGCUCUACUACUUAGUGACAGAUAAGACAAGGCCUAUUAAGUCCUCAAAAAAAGCAGGGAGUUGAGCAGAGAAAGGGUAUUAAUUUGCUUUAAGAUCUGCUAACUUAACAAGAAAUUCUGGAAAGAGGCAUGCAAACCAAACUGUGGAUGAGUUUGUUUAUCAUUAAUUUCUGCCUGCUUUUUCAGUGAUAACACAGAUUCAUCCUGUCUUAUUAAGCAAAUCUUCAGCUUUAUUUUAAAGAGGGUGUGGGGCUGUGUGAGUCUUACCUGAUUUUAUCAUCCAUAGAUAUUAAUCUUCCAAAGGCUUUGAAAUAAAUUACCACUAAGGUUGCUUUCCUUCCUUCCCUCUUUAUUAUCAAAUGAAUAAUGUCUGUGCUAUUUGAGGCACAUUUUGGACAUGCAGGUUGAGGUUGACCAUACUCAAAAUACUUUUUGUAUGAACAGUUUUAUUUUAACUGACUGAUUUCUGUGAAUAAGAAUUAUUCUGUUCUCGGUGCCUUGUCCAGCACUCAAAUAUUUCCUCCAACUUAAAGUAUCAGUUUAUUUUUUUUAUUUUUUACUUUUUGCUGAAUAUUCUUAGGGCUUCUCACGUAAACAGCAUUCUUGAGUAUUUAAAUUUCAUAUUCUUACAUCUGUUCCAAGCAAGGCAGUUUUGUUCCUGAAAAAAUUUAACGUUACCUAUUGAGUAAAGCCUUGUCCAAGUUGUUCUCUUCAAGUCUGUAGGGUUGCUUAGGCAUGUGAAAUAAAAUAAAUGGACAUUUUCAGGAUUGAGGUCUGCGUUGUGUCAGUGAAAUCAACUAGAAAAGGUUGUUCAGCUGAGUGUAUAGAAAUAUGUCAGCUGGAAGUUAGAAGAGAAACAUUAACUGCCAAAUGUAACCACAUAAUUCACUUUUUUUCUUCUUCUCUGUAACCUUAAAAAGAAAUGUGGAGUGGGAAUCCAAAGAGAAAAUGCGAGGGUCUUCCACAUUAUUACAAGGCUCAUAUCAAGACUGUUGAUUACUUGGAAGAACUCGUAUGUCUCAAUGCCAUGAGCAUUGCCCCAAUGUACACAAGGAUUUAACAUCACGUAGUAGCUCUAAGAAGGAACAGAUGGCUAAAGCAGGAAAUUUCUUACAUGAAAAGUUAUUCUUAGAAGCAUCUUUGUGGACCUUUGUUAGACUCUCUCUAGUAUGUCCAUGACUCUCUUGUGUAAGUUUUGGGAGCAAGGACACCUGUUAGUCUACACAGUAUUUUGCUUACCAGGGCAAGUGCAACUCCAACAAAAAUGACUGUAGGAGUUCAUGUAAAACAUAGAUUUCAUUUGGGGAGUAAAUAAUCUUCAAGUUUCACAAGUAUGUUUUAGUAAAAAAAUGUGUGUUUUGCUAUACUGAUACAAGCAUAUUACAGUGGUGUUAUUGCCUUUGUUUGUGCUGGAAUGUAGAUCAGACAAGGCUACUCAUUCUUUCUAAAUAAAUAAAAUAGAACUCAACAUUUAUUUGUUUCUUACAACCUUCAGGUUUUAUUCAGUGGAAACACAGAUAAUGAUGUAGGUAGGACGUACAAAAAACUCUCUUCAGAUUUUGAAUUACACAGAAUGAUUUCACAAUAAAAAAAAGUGAAAUUGCAUGAAAAGCAGUACUACAAGUAUGCUAGAAAACAGGAUUAUACAGAACACUUCAAUUGGGGAAAUUGUCUCCCAAACACUAAGAUGCAGUUCAUCAAGAUAAAUGUAAGAUUCUGCACUCAAGCAGCAGUGAGUUUUCUCCAUUUUAUUCUGCCACCUUUAUUGAAUAGGAGACUGAUGGUUUCCCAUGUUUUGAUGGUUUUCCUUAAGAAAUUACUCCAGUAUAAAAAUGGCUGUCCUUAACACUACCAAAACUGGUUCUGAAAAUGUUUUACAGCAGUGUUUGCUAAUUAAAGGAAUCUCAUUUGUCAACACUAUAAUCCCCUAUCACCUGAAGCAUGUUCUCAACAGAAAGGAUGUGUUAAACACAGCUACCAUCUUAGUUUUUGAUCAGAAAUACUGAAAUACUGCAAAGUUGAAACAUACUCAAAGGCCCCAGCUUAUGCCUGUUUAAUAUUGUUAAGAAUGUAUGUUGGUUUGUUUUUUGUUUUGGUUUACUUUUAGUCUUUCAGGAGGGGUUGCCCAGAGAUAAGAAGGAAGGAAAAUCCCUUCUAAGUCAGAUGCCUGUUUAGCAUAUUCAGUUUUAUUUUUGAAGACCGUGGUCUUUAAGCUGGAAUGAUAAUUAUUGCUCUCUGUGUACGGAAUACCUGCCUUAGGCUUGGAAUGAGCUAAGUGACUUGGCCAUGACCAGUAAUAUUUCCAAAGCUGACAUCUUCAAGAUUGCUGAAGCUGGUGAGGGUGACAGACUGUUGGGAAACCUAGGAUUGCCUUCUCUGAAGUUUUUAAUGUUAGCUAUUUCUUGGAACAGUUAAAAUUGUCAAGGAAUUGCUUAAGUUUCUGGCUUCCUUGCCAGAGGACUCUACCUUCUUUCCCCCAUCACAUCAGGUCAUAUCAGGAAAGGGACUGAGACCCCACAAAGAAACAGCAGUCAAAACUGGAUUGCCACCAAUAGAAGACCUUUAAAAUGCGCAGACAGAAGUCUGGUUUUGAUCAACCUCUUUCACGAGCAAGCAUGGAAAGAGACAGGAAUAUUAUGCACAUAGUACUACUCGUAUGUCCACGUACAAAGAACCAGUUUCUGGAGUACAUCAGAACUAUUACUUGCAGAUAUGCUUACUGAACAUCUGUUCAUGCCUCCAGGUUUGGUGUUGUAGCACGAUAUGGCACUGCCUUACCUCUAAAACAGUCCUUUGACUCUGCACACAGUACUGCCCUAGAACAAAUGAGGAAAGACAUUUACAUUUCUUUUAGAGAAGUCUUAUUUAAAUAUUUUCUCAUAAAAUAUGAAAUCAAUAACCUGUGUUAAAGCCGAAUGCACUAUAAUCUCUUAAAUUUUUAAGCAGUUAUGUGUUGGCAAAGCCUUAAAGAGAAUGCAGUGAACUGACGGAGUAGUAUGCAGCCCUGCCUUGUUAGAGUGAGAAGCAAGUUUUUGAAGAGCUAAACCAUGGUCUGAUUGUAGUAGCUUCUUGCAGCUCAGUUGUACUUUAUCCAGCUGAAGUCAAACAAUCAGUUCAAAGUUGGAAAAAGUUUAGGAGCUGAAAAAGAAGAAAGCUUGCUUUUUCCUCUUCCAUGCAUAGGAAAGGUCUGUGAGGGUAAAAUGUACUUUGUCUAAAAGCUGAAUGGUAGCUACAAACAGUUCUGUCUCUUUUUAUCAUUAGGUAUUUCCUGAAUGUAUCCAGCACAUCUGAAACAGAUCGAUGUAAGAAAGAAUUAGCUUGAAUGCCUUUUUCCAUAUAAUUCUACUUUGCAUCCAAAUAGAGCCCUAUGAUGACUAAUGGGAUGUUAAAUAAUUGGGAAAAAUGUACUUAGAACAUUUUCUGGAAAAAAAAAUUGAAUUUAAAAAAUAAGAUACUGAAUUGCUAAUUAUAUACAGUGCAUUUCCUAAUUGGAAAAGAUGGCAAUCUUAGCACAAAUGCUAUUGUUUAAUUGCAAGCAAACAUUUAAAUAAUUGCUAACAAAGUAGUAAUCUUUUCAGAAAGAUAAAUACAAGUGCAAGAUAAGGCAAAAAACAGCUCCCUGCUUAUUUUUAUCACUAUUAAAAAUAAGUCACUUUUCUGGUUUUGUGUGUGUGUGUGUGCGUACGUGCUUGUGUGUGUGUGUUUUUCAAAUAAGCACUUAGGUUUUCCCAUUUGUGCUUCUUUUUCAGAACUGCUUUUUUACCCAUACACAAGCAGUAGAGUAGAACCUGCACUCACCUGGUGUACCCAUUCCUUCAUAGUAUUUAACUUCCUCUGCACUGACCUCAAAUAGCAGAAUUACUCUAAGUCUUACUGACCCACGUGAAAUAUCAUUACGUGGCUUUAUGUAGGAAUGAGGCCUCUUAGAACGUUCAACUUUGCAGCCAGUAUCAAAAACAUACCAGAAAUGGUCCGUGUAUUUCCUCCAGCAGAAUGUCACUGGUUUCAAUGUCUUUUAAACAAGCAGUCGAUGUACUAUCAACCCUGUUGCCAACAUAGGUGCAAACUUUAAAGCAGACAACUACAGGAUCAUUAUAAAGUAUUGCCAUCUUUGGAUCUCGGAGGCAGCGUUCUGGCUGCUUUCCAGCAUGACUUUGUCAACAGAUUUCCUCCAAGUUGUCACUGGGUUUUAUGCUAGGACCAAGCUGUGUGGGUAGCUUUGUGCUGAGAAACCCAAGGCUAUUCUAUUUCCUUUAUGUUCAGUUGCACAUAGGGUCAUUUCUGCACCCUCCAUCUCUGUGGGUUUGACUCCUGCCCCUAAUUCCUCUCGUGCUGAAUGGCCUGGGUUGAAAGGGACCACAGUGAUCAUCGAGUUUCAAUCCCCCUGCUUUGUGCAGGCAUUGGUAGCGAUUUUUUGGCAGUUUGGUCACCAGAUGUGUUGAGGGACAAAAUGAACUUGCUUAAAACAUCGGCGCUCCUAACUUUGCGUGCUCUCGUAAUGACGUUCAGUCAGUUUCUAGCACGGAUCAAUCGCACUGUGGUCUAUUCCCAUUUAAAAACACAAGCGCCUUCAGGUUCAGAUUUGACUCAACAAAAAAGGCGUUCGAACGCACAGUCCCUCCGCGCGGGGUGCGGCGCGUAGCGCUGCCCUCCCCCGGACCGGGCUCGGGGCCUCGGAGCGCUGCCGACCGGCACUCCCUCCCCGCGGCCCUCAGCGCCCCUCCGCCCGCGGCACUGUGAGACAGUCGGGCGAGGUCCCGCCGCGCCGAGCUCCCCCCGGCGGCGGUCCCAGCAAGCAGCCCCAGCGGGCGGGCGGCUCUUCCCGCGUCUUUCAAGGAGCCCCGGAUCGAGAGCGGGAGCUCCCCCCUCCCAGCAUCCUCCGGACGAGCGUUAACUCCCCCCACUCGCGCAGUCCGGCGGGAGCCGAGGGGAGUGGCGCAGCGCUCUCCUCCGAGCAGCGGCCUUCUGCCCGCCCGCCCGCGCCAUCUUGAACGCGAGCCGGGGGCAGCGGCAUCCCCUCCCUCCCCAAGAUGGCGCCGGCCGGGUGAGUGACAUGUCCAGUCACGUGGGCAGCGGAUGAGCCCCUCUCUCCCCCCCGCCUUAAACGAUCUCUAUGGUUCGGCCGGACACACAGGCGGCGGCGGUCGGCGGCGAGGGACGGAGCCGCGGCGGGAGCGGGGCCGCCCGGCGCCCCUUUGUCUGCGGCCUCGGCAAGGCGAGCGCUUUCCCUUCCCCGAUCGCGAGGACUGCGCCCCGGCGCCCUCGAGGGUUCGGCUUCCUUCUUCCCGCCGGCACCGCGGCCCGGGAGAGGCGGCGGGCGCUUCCCGCUGAGGGCGCCGGCGCGGAGGUCCCUCCCGGCCCUGCGGGCGGCGGCGCGGCGGAGCUGCGAGAGCGGGGCCGGGCAGCGCCCCCACCCCGCGCUCCCCGGGGGGCGGCGGGGGUCAGCGCCGGGACGGGGCCGCGGCUCCGCGCGGGGAGGGUCGGGCGGGCUGGGGGUGGUUGUCUGCCGUGCCCGCUGCCCCCCGCUUCUCUCCUUUCCUUCCUCCCUCUCUUCUUUCCCUCCCCAUCUGUUAUAGGUGUGCGGAGCGGUGGCACUUUGAAAUUAAACGUGCCCUCUGCUGCACCAGCUGGGGUCUGUGAUGUAUCUGAUAAAUGGAGCUCUGCCCGUCGGCUUCAGGUCAUGCAAGGAAAAGGGCAGCGCUGGGGAGGGAGCUGGGCGGGGUUUCCCUCCGCUUUUCAGUCAGACGAGAGGAGUCUGGUUGAUGUCUGCAGCAGAUAAAGGAGACGAGGAUCAUCAAAAGACCCCAGAGCCCUUUUAUCUUCCUGCUGUUUUUCCCUGUAACUUCGUUUAUCGGUGACGCGGUGUCUGCCUGCUCGUUCCCCCCAGCAGGGGCCGGGUGCGCCAGGCCUGGCUGAGGUAGUAGUUUGUGCUGUUGGUCGGGUUGUGACAUUGCCCGCUGUGGAGAUAACUGCGCAAGCUACUGCCUUGCUAGUGCUGGUGAUGAUCAGCUGCAGACGAAGACAAUGACAAUGGGAAUCCCCUUUGUUUUCCCGGGAUUGGACGCUGCUGAGGUGGCAGCGGUUCUUUUCCUCUCUUCCUCUCUUCUCCUCUCCUCCUGCCCAGCCGUGGCCGCUGGGACGUGCGGGGUCUGACCCUGUCAGCGGGAUGCUGCUGCUUUUGCAGCCCGGGUGAGAAACCAUUAGUUUCACGCUGCUUGGAGGGCACUUUAAUUUGAUCUGAAGAGCAAGUGUCUGCGUUUUUUCCAGUGCUUACACCUUCUUAUUCACAUGGCACCGCUGGAAGGUGGAUUUUCUAUUUCUUGAAGACCGAGUGAUGACUAACUUGUAUUUUCUGUGUUCUGAGUAUGCAAAACUUGUACGUGUGAUCUUAAAUGCUCUGAUUUGAACAGUAAAAGAUCUGAAUAUCUACCAGGAGUGAAGUAUGUGAAUUGCUGCUUUCCUUACAGUGAGAAGAUUGUUUCACAGUGUAGUUUACUAUCAUUGUACGGCUUGGUGCCAGCAGUGUUUUUUUAGGUGAACUUCUGAGAUUUUUAUUUCUGUAUUGUGAUAUAUUCUUUGUGAAAAAGAAACCGUGAGUCUUCUCUUGUGAAUUAAUUGAAAUUGCUGGUAUGUUCAUAGCGUUGGCUGAGGGUAUCGUUUUGAUUGAAAUUCAGCGUGUUGACCGAGCGCUUAUUGCCAUGGCUUAAACUUGAAAUACAUUAAAGCAUUUACAAUAAAUGUGCA